AUGUCGUGGAAACUAACCAAGAAGCUGAAGGAGACCCAUCUGGGUCCCCUCGCGAACACCUUCUCCCGAUCCCCGUCGACGGCGACCAUCACAGAAAAGGACGAUAAGAGCCAGGGGCCUACCGUCUCUGGGACAGCGACCCCCACAAACGAGAGCACGAUCGCGGCCUCGGAAGCCCUCUCCCAAGCGCCGGUCGUCAAGACACCCAAGCCCGGUAUCCUCGUCGUUACUCUCCACGAAGGCCAGGGGUUCUCACUCCCAGAGCAACACCGGAAUGCCUUUACCCCGACACACGGCGGCAGUUCCCUGUCUACGGGCAAUGCGCUCGGCAUGGUGGGCUCGCCGCGGCCCCAAUCAUCGUCCCGGACCACAGCUUUUAUGGGCGGCCGCCCCCAGACGUCGGGCGGAUUUAGCGGGAUCCCUACAAACCACGGCCGCAUCUCUACAAAAUACAUGCCCUACGCCUUGAUCGAUUUCGACAAAGUGCAGGUCUUCGUCAACUCGGUCGAGGGUAACCCUGAGAAUCCUUUGUGGGCGGGAUCCAACACACAGUACAAGUUCGACGUGUCCAGGGUCACGGAACUCGUGGUACAUCUCUACAUUCGGAACCCAAACGCCCCACCAGGCUCUGGCCGGAGCCAGGAUAUCUUCCUUGGUGUGGUCCGCAUCAACCCCAGGUUCGAGGAGAAGCAGCCGUACGUGGAGGAUCCCAAGGCGAGCAAGAAGGACCGCGAGAAGGCCGCGACGGAGCACGCGAGCCGUGAGCGCUCCCUGGGCCACAGCGGCGUCGAGUUUGUCGACGUGCAGUACGGCACCGGCAAGCUCAAAAUCGGCGUCGAGUACGUCGAGAACCGAGCGGGUAAGCUCAAGAUUGAGGACUUUGAGCUGCUCAAGGUGGUCGGAAAGGGCAGUUUCGGCAAGGUCAUGCAGGUGCGGAAGAAGGACACGAGCCGGAUUUACGCCCUCAAGACGAUCCGGAAAGCUCAUAUCAUCUCGAGAUCGGAAGUGGCCCACACGUUGGCGGAGCGUUCGGUGCUUGCCCAGAUCAACAACCCCUUCAUCGUGCCGCUCAAGUUCACCUUCCAGAGCCCGGAGAAGCUCUACUUCGUCCUGGCCUUCGUCAACGGCGGCGAAUUGUUCCAUCACCUGCAGAAGGAGCAGCGCUUCGACGUUAACCGCAGUCGCUUCUACACCGCCGAACUACUCUGCGCCCUCGAAUGCCUCCACGGCUUCAACGUCAUCUACCGUGACCUCAAGCCCGAGAACAUCCUGCUCGAUUACCAGGGCCACAUUGCCCUUUGCGACUUCGGCCUCUGCAAGCUCGACAUGAAAGACGAGGACCGGACCAACACGUUCUGUGGAACCCCCGAGUACCUGGCCCCCGAGCUGUUGAUGGGCAACGGCUACAACAAGACGGUCGAUUGGUGGACGCUGGGCGUGCUGCUGUAUGAGAUGUUGACGGGUCUCCCGCCGUUCUACGACGAGAACACCAACGAGAUGUACCGCAAGAUCCUCAGCGAGCCCCUGCACUUCCCGGGCCAUGAGGUCGUGCCCCCGGCUGCCAAGGACCUCCUCACCAAGCUUCUCAAUCGUGACCCGCAGCAGCGCCUGGGAGCCAACGGGUCUGCCGAAAUCAAGGCGCACCCCUUCUUCCAUGCCAUCGACUGGCGGAAGCUGUUGCAGCGCAAGUAUGAACCUGCGUUCAAGCCCAGUGUGGUUGAUGCGCUGGACACGGCCAACUUCGAUCCCGAAUUCACGUCUGAGCUGCCCCAGGAUUCAUACGUCGAUGGACCGGUCCUGUCGGAGACACUGCAGAACCAGUUCACUGGCUUCAGCUACAACCGCCCCAUCGCCGGUCUUGGAGAUGCCGGCGGCAGUGUGAGAGACCCCUCGUUUGUGGGAAGCAUUCAGGGCAGCCUAAGAUGA